AACCCCCCCCAAACCGGGAGCGCGCAGGCGCAGCGGCCCGGGAGUCCAGCCAACGGUCCCGGAGGCUGCGGUGCGCCCGUGCCGCUGCCGCCACUGCCACCGCUCGCCAUGGGCCCGGGUCUCCGGCUGCUGCUACCUCUCGCGCUUUGCGUGGGGCUCGGCGCGCUCGUGCCUUCUGCGGGGGCCUCGGGCGUCAGCAGGCGAGGCCCCACCGUGACGGCCAAGGUCUUCUUCGAUGUGAGGAUUGGCGACAAAGAUGUUGGCCGAAUAGUGAUCGGCCUCUUUGGAAAGGUUGUGCCCAAGACCGUGGACAAUUUUGUCGCACUCGCAACGGGGGAGAAAGGAUACGGCUAUAAAGGAAGCAAAUUUCAUCGCGUCAUCAAAGAUUUCAUGAUUCAAGGAGGAGACAUCACGAGUGGGGACGGCACUGGCGGUAUAAGCAUUUAUGGUGAGACAUUUCCAGAUGAGAACUUCAAACUGAAGCAUUAUGGCAUUGGGUGGGUCAGCAUGGCCAACGCUGGGCCUGAUACCAACGGCUCUCAGUUCUUCAUCACCUUGACCAAGCCCACGUGGUUGGAUGGCAAGCAUGUGGUAUUUGGAAAAGUCAUUGAUGGAAUGACCGUGGUCCACUCCAUAGAACUUCAGGCAACUGAUGGGCAUGACCGUCCGCUCACCGACUGUUCCAUCAUCAACAGCGGCAAGAUAGACGUGAAGACCCCCUUUGUGGUUGAGGUCGCUGACUGGUGAUACGACGGGCGGAAAACAAGGAACACACUCUGGCAGGGAUAUGUGUGUGUGUGUGUGUGUGUCUUUUGAUUCUCCCAAGUUACUGUUUUGCUUUGUUUUCUCACUUCUGUGUUUCACCCCCAAUCACAGGAAAGUGCAAAACAUCAACUACUCCAUGUUUAGUUUGCAUGAAUUGUGGUCAAUCACUUGUUUAGGGACUUUGCACUUAAAAGACCUAUCCCUUUCCUCCAAUGGUGCUAUUUUUAAACUAGAAAACUUUGUAUUGUCUGUUUUCUUUUGAAGAACACAAUCAUUAUUUUGCUGAUUUAUUCAUGAUCCCCAAGUUGUGUGAUGCUGAAAAUUUGUCUGAAGAAGAUGGGGAUGUGAAGUUUGUUAUUUUGUAUUCAAACAGAAAUUCUUUGCAGGUAAAGGGAGAUCUGAUGAGUGUAAUCUGUAAUCUGAUAUAGGGACUUUUACCUGGUAAAAGGUGCUUUUGUGUCCUCUAUAUUAAAUGCUUUUUAUAUAGGUCAA